AUGAGUGCUGAAGACAGCUCAACGGUGUCAACCUCCUCACUUUUAGAGGAACAGCACAUCAGCUCGGAUGACGGUCGAAGUAUCAAUGGUAGCGAGAACACCAAUGUCAACCGCGAAACAACGGAGAAUGACAAGGCCCAGCGCAGACUCUUUCGUGAAGAACAACGUCUUCACAGGAUAAAGGGCAGGUUGACCGAGGUGAGUUUAAGUGAUAUGUGCACUCUUCGGUGUGGACGGUACGAAUACUUCGUUGAGAACACGAUUGUAUGCAUUCGAGGUUCAUAUUCUCAGUUUGAUGCACGCGAAGGGAGAACGAAGAGUCUAAUGCCACCACAGACCCAUGACUGCUGCCAGACAUUUUCUACUGUUGCCGCUAUCAUCCUCUCCUCACUCGGCUUUGCAGUGACGAUGCAAGAGUGCAGCAACAUGUCUACGGUCAAUUAUUUCUUGUACAUUUCCGCCUGGUUGCACCAACUCUCCGCCCCUGCAUGGCCGCAGAAAAAGGCACGACCAACAAUUGGGGAUCUCAAUGCUUGUCUUCGGCUGCGCGAGUUCUUCCCUAGUCAGAUAAACGAGGGUGAGUUCGAAGUACUCUUUUACAAUCAGCAGGAGAGAGCGAAGGAACUCAUAGAUCACCUGUGUGGUCCCAUCAAGCGCGGUAGGGACUCUGAUGACGUUCGACCCGUGUGUGGCUAUGUGAUUGCCUCUGGGGACUACACUGUGUCCAUUUUCUCUCUGGCGCACGACGUGCGGAACCAGCCCAGUACGCGCUACAGAGAGGCGUGGAGUCUGUACAUCUGUGACUCUCACGGCACACAGCCGUGGUCAGACGGCAAGGCGUGUCUGACUGGCAUUACCCUCGCGGUACCAAGGGCAGGCUGCAGAGCUGGCAGUGGGGUUGUGGAGAAAGAAGAGGGCCUGCGAUACUUCACCCUGAUACUCUUUGCACUCCUCGAGGACCAUCGAAAAAAGUCAACGAGCACGAAGCACAUCCCGUACAUGACAUGGUCGCCCAUCAGGCGUAAGAGAGUGACUGUGAAUACGGCCCAAGAGAUCAAGACGAUUAUUGAUGAAAACUGGAUUCCUUCACUGAUGAAAAAUGAAGUGAUUGCCCGAGAGGCGAGAAGGUACAAGUUUACUCCGAUGCAGUGCUUCAUGGGCGUUCCGGCCGCGAAGGCUGAAACUGCAAACACUGCAGAUGCGCCGCGUCCAGCCGUUGUUUUGCGCGACCAAACGACCGGCCCGCCCUGUGGGUGA